AUGACAAAGUCGACAAUCAGAAAAGAUAAAUUAUUUUAUUCAAAUUCUUAUUCAACUAAAAUGAAUGAUCCAACAGCAAACAGUUUAUUGCGAGUUGCUGUUGGCCAAUUGACUAGUGUCAACUCUAAAGAAAAGAACUUUGAGGUGUGCAAAUCAUUAGUUGAAGCGGCUGUUGAGAAACAAGCAAAAAUACUAUGUCUACCAGAGAACUUUGCAUUCUGCAGUGGCGGUGUACAUCAAUUCGAAUCGAGAGACAACGCAGAGUUGAUCAACGGUGAAACGAUAUCAAAGUAUAGAGCACUCGCUGCACAAAACAAGAUUUGGUUAUCGCUGGGAGGAUUCCACGAGAAGAUUGAAAACGAUCCCGAACACAUCUACAAUACACAUUUGAUCAUUGAUGACAACGGAGAGAUCAGACAAACCUAUCACAAGAUGCAUCUGUUCGAUGUAGACAUACCGUCAAAGGGUGUAAAGAUGAAAGAGAGUACUGUCGUUCUGCCUGGCGAUCAGAUUGCGACGUGCGACAGUCCAGUCGGAGUGCUUGGUCUGUCGAUUUGCUAUGAUCUUCGAUUCCCUGAGUUGUAUUCUUCGCUGAGGAAGCUAGGUGCACAGAUACUCUUGGUUCCGUCGGCAUUCAUGAAGCGAACGGGUGAGGCACACUGGCAUAUCUUACUGCGAGCUAGAGCUAUUGAGAAUCAAUGUUAUGUAAUAGCUGCUGCACAAACAGGUCAACACCACAGCAAAAGAGACUCAUACGGACACAGUAUCAUCAUAUCACCAUGGGGUGACAUCGUAGCAGAGCUAUCAAACAACGAAACAGGAAUAAUAACAGCUGAUAUCGAUACAUCACUCAUUGAUACAACUAGACAGAACAUGCCUGUAUUUGAACAUCGUAAAACUCAACUUUAUAAAAUAUAA